AGAGUUGAUGACCCCGAUAGAGUUAGAAGAACUUAGAGCGAGACAGAGGGAGCAGAAACGAUUGCAACGGGAAAGGAAACGGCUGCAGAAACUGGAUGAAGCCAGGUCAAAUGAAUCUCGGACAUAGACCCCUCAGUGCAAAGUGACCACCUGGAGCGCGCGCGAAAGAGACAACUCCUACACCAGAUCAUACACUACUCCACCGCCAUGCCCUUCCGCCGCGCCGCCAACAUCUACAAGUGUUUCUACUGCUACAAGAACAUGAACAAGGCCAGUGACCUUCGCGAACAUCAUGACUCGCACGACGAUGAUGGACUCAAGUUCCGCACCGUCAAACGAUGCGCCAUACAGUUCCCAACCUGCUUAGACAUCACUGAUUUAAAAUGUAAACUCUGCCAUAUGGACUAUGACGAUUUGAAUUCAUUUUUAGUUCAUCUGCAGGAGGACCAUAAGAAAAUAUUCACAAUGGAAGCGACAAAACAUAUCGAAUGCUAUAAAAUAUCUGACGGGAACAUGAAAUGUCUCAUUUGCGGAGAAAUAUUUGAGUACUUUUACCCCUUACUCAUUCACACCGUAAGAUCUCAUAGAGAAAGCGCAUUAAAAUGCGAAGCAUGCGGACAGAGCUUUAGCUGCAAAUACGGUCUGAAAAAACACCAAACAACUCAUGAAAACCCAGAAGUGUUCCCCUGUGGACAUUGUGAAAAAACAUUCACGUCUGCUCGUAACAGGCGCGAGCAUGAAAAGCGAACUCACGAUGAAAAAGCUAGAAAAUGUCAUAUCUGCGGGGAAAUACUAGGCAGUACAUUCAAAAAGGCAAUGCAUUUAGAGAAUGUUCAUAAUAUCAUGGGAGAGUUCAAAUGCGACACCUGUCCUAAAAUAUUUCGGCUCCGUAACCAUCUAGUCAGCCACGUCCAACGCGUACAUCUCAAAGAGAGGAACAAAGUGUGCAUGGUGUGCGGAGACAAGUUUUUCAACAAUAACCUGUUGAGACUCCACAUGGUGCGCCAUAGCGAUGAAAAACCAUUCGAGUGCGAAAUAUGUAAUAAGAAGUUUACUAGAAAAAAGGGGUUGGAUAUGCAUGUGAGAACGCAUACGGGGGAUAAGAGGUGUGUGUGUCAGAUGUGCGGCGCGGCUUUCGUGCAGACGGCGAGCUUGAAGUUGCAUCUGAGAGUGCAUCACGGGAUUGAGAAGAAAGCGGAGCAGAACUAAUAUUUUGACUGAUUUGGACAAGGAAAUAAAUGUGUGGGUAGACAAUGUUUUUGUGGUUAACGAGAACCUGGCCCUGUAGCCCAAUGGCAUUUCUGCAACGCGAGACGCCACCGAAACGCCGCAGAAUUGUAAUCUGCCUCUGUCGCGCCAAUACGCAAGAGCGAUAGAGAUAGAUAGCUACGAAACAGAUAUUAUCGUGAGCGUUUGUGCAUUAGGCUACGCACACUGAAUUAGAUCUAGACGCAAUUUCAAAGUUCAAUAGAUUAUUCUGACAUCAAAAUUCAUAAAAAAUCUUUCUUCCUACGGAUAUAUCUGUGGGAUAUACAUAUAAUCUAGUUAAAUCCGCCUAAAUUUUAAUUAAUUAAACUAUUACUAUAAUGUAAGUUAGUAACAUAAUACGUUAUAAUACGAAUGAGUCGUCUAUAUUUGUCUGGUUAUCUUAGAAAACCAUUACCUACUACGGUAUAAAUUAAUACUUGGUAAUUUACACACUUGUAUUGUUGCUGGUAUU